UUACCGACUGUAGCAGACACGCUCGACGAGAAGCAGUGACGAGUUGGCUUUUUCCCAAAGCAGGUUUAUUGCCAUUUCGCCCAGAUGACGUUUUGUCAUUUCGGUCAAUUGACUUGGCAUUAAUUCUUUAAAAGCUCAGGCCGUCUUUGUUAGCACCUGCCGAAUCGUAGAAAGGAAAUUUGCAUAUACAAGAAACCACUGCAUUUUUGCGUGACAGACAUCAUCUCCUUUGCUAAACUUCAAAUCGGUGCGUUUGAAUCUUAUGAAUCAUCCUGGGGAAUUUUUGAACGCAACUGUUUGGAUAAUAAGAGUUUUAAUAGCAGUACCAGUGAGUCCUGCCCGGCGGUUUUCUCUGAUCGUCAGAUGUGGCCUGUACGCCCGUAUUCUACUCUUUAUCUACCAAUCUACAUGCAUUUAGCAAAAGUAAUUGUAAGCAGAUCGGCCACAAUAGUCGUUGGCAGUAUUCCCAAAAGUCUGAUCAAGAAAGACUUCCUCUCAGACUAAUCAAUCAUAUAAUAGGACCAGUCUUCAUUCCUGAUAUCGUCAUCAAAAAGCUGGGUAUCUACAUAAGCAACUUAAGUAACUUAGAUGCACUGCAAAGAAAUUCACAGCUGUUAGACACUCAACUGGCAGGAUCUUCCCGUCAAUGUGUCAAGGCUUCUAUAUCAACGUGGUUUUCCGAUCACACUAACCAAGUUCUCACAAAACCGGUCUUGAGCGGAGGAAAAGAUUACGGAGUUAGCGCGGAACUGAAUAUCUCGUCAAACCAUAGCAUGAACUAAAGAGGUCUUACCGUAGAGAAAAUUGAAAAGGUAUUUAUUUUGACCAUCAAGAACCGAUCCUAAUUAACGAAAGCUGCUGGCCUCGCAUGACGGAACUUAUGCCGGGUACGAUAUUAAGAACAUUCUUCACGUGAAUUUAUCAUGACCUUUCCACAUCCGCUGUGAUUUCUGAGCCUCUCGGUGAUCGAGAAAAUUUAGGUGGAAUUGGCUUUGGUUGACGAUAUGCUUCAACUGUUGACAGUAUUCUAUCUUCUGGAAUUUGUGUCAACACGAACAUGGUGUCCUGAUUCUUCCUCUUAUUCAAACAGCUCUGGAGAUUUUAGUAGCCCCAAACCACUCGGCACUUUGCUUUAUCCGGACAACACUCGCUGCAUAUGGAACAUUGAAAUUCCAGACAGCAAUCAGCACAUCAAACUUUCAUUUAACACAUUUCACUUAGAGAGCUGCCUUGAUUGCCAAUGUGACUUUGUGGAGAUUUUGGACGUCAUCGGAAACAAACACAUUUCUUUGGGAAAGUUUUGUGGAAGCUCUUUACCGGGUCCUUUCUUUUCAAGCAAACAGGUAUUGAAGGUUGUGUUCAGCUCUGAUCACGGAAACAGCUUUUCAGGGUUCACAGCGACAUAUUCCUCCGUACUUCCUGGUGCAGUUUGUAAGAACGCCACGAGUCUCGUUACAUCAGUAGGCUCAAUCCACAGCCCAGAAUUUCCUUCUCGAAACUAUCCUAACAACGUGGACUGUGUCUGGAAAAUCACAACGCCAUAUAGAACGCGCAUCAAAUUCAAAAUCCUGUCGAUGUCAAUUCAAAGCUGCGGUAGAAUGAGAACUUCUGAGUACUGUUCGUGCGAUUAUGUUGAAGUAAGAGAUGGAGCAUCUUCUACGGCUCGUCUGCUCGGGACAUUUUGUGGAACUAAUAACACCGAUGCGCUGUAUUCAAGCGGCCAGCAACUAUGGGUAAGAUUCAAAUCAGAUGAUGCUGUUGCUGAUUCAGGUUUUGUGGCACAGUUUUCUUCAGAGAAAUACCGAAAAGGAUUUUCCUGUCCAAUGGAUUGGAAAUACCCAUUUCAAUGUCCAAAGGAGUUCAACAGCAACAAAACUGAAAUGUGUUGCUAUGACAACGGUCCAGGUUGUUGUGAGCUAGGUGGAAGGCGUUGUCAUGACAACGGAUCAAGCGUGAGGGAUUACUGUCCACGUCCAAAGGAUGAUAAAAAAUUGAAGUACUGUUGUUCGAUAGGAGGAAAACCUUCUUGUUGUGUAUCAUUUGGAGUCUACCACGAAGCUAGCCUCGUUCUUAGUUUUAGCGUUAUCUUACACACCGGUUGGAUCCUAAACAAGUGGUUCAACUGAACGUAAUAAAAGUAUGAUUAUCUCUUCUAAAUACGUUACAAUAUUUAAUUGUACAGUUACUGUAGUUAGUAAUUUUCAAAUCUUUAUACUCAGCUAGCUUGGAAAGAUACAACACAUCUUAUCAUAUCAGGGAUGAAUGCUGUUCAUCACACGACUGCUAUAGCCGUGUUAAUUAAGGAAUCAUAUGAAAGCUCAAUAAUUUUUAACGGACCAAUCGUAAUAUUUGAUCGUUUUCGGCACAAUUCUCAUUUUUAAAAUAUCACCACGAGUAAAUUCUCGAUUGCACUCGCAUUUAGGCGAUUGUCAAUGAUUGGAGACAUGUACACUUUGUCUCUCUGAGUCUUAAGACUUCGCUAGCUCAAAUAGCUGUACCAAGGAGACACUUGAAGAGUGUCUACAAUUUCUAGUCAAUGAAACAUUAGUAAAUCAGGAUAUUUCCGAAAGGAAAAAUUGUAGGAAGUUAUUCCAAUGUAAGACAAGUUAUUUAUAUUUAAACAUGUUAUUCAUAUUUAAACAUAGGCGUAUUCAAGAUUAAUUUAGUGAGAGAUGUCAGAGUUUAUAUUCCUUAUAAGGAAUUCAGGAUCACGUGUUAUGGGAUCAACAUUUCAAUUGACACCUUUUUUUUAACUUUGUAAAUCUUAACAAGAUUUUUGAACGCAAUGCUUUUAUAAUUAUUGCAGUUUUUUGUUUUUUACUUUUUAUAACGAUAGCACUCAAUAGCUUCUUUAUCUUUUUAUUCAGCUGGUCAUGAGUUUGAGUUUAUUCCAAAGAAAUACUGUCCGUUCGGUUUCCGAUUUUGUUAGCGUAUUGGAUUGUGUUGGCGUAAUGAGAAGCUGCAUUUUCAUGCAUGGUAUCGGAUCAGUGCUUGCCGUAAAUUUCUUAUUUGCAGUCUUUCGAGUUUUGAGUUAUGAGAAUAUAGUAUUUUGAAUUUAAAAACGACACUAAGAAAGUGAACUAAGAUAUCAUCAUAUACGCGGAAGGCAAAGUUUUCUUACUAAGUUACAUUAGAUAUGGAGCACAGUUAGUGUGAGUGUUGUGAAACCGAAAUCAUAGUAAUCACAAGGUAAACAAGUUAACUUCGUAAUCUGGCAGUGACACCUCAAAGUAAAGACAAGCAAACUGCUUGGAACGCGGGAAAAGGUGAGCGACGGGGUUGUGAGUCACGUGAUUGGCUGAGAUGUUGGCUCGAGAUACAAAGAGACAACUAGAGCAAAACCAAUGUAAACCCAAAUUACUUCCAACGUUGAAUCGAAAAUUGCUCAGUUUAUUUACAGGCUGCUUGUGAUUUCGUAAAUAAAAAAACUUGCUUUAUCCUAGCGAAGAAGAAAACCUUCAAAGGAGGACAAAUGCAGAAAAGGAAAGAGUAAACUAAAUGAAAAAAAAAAUAAUAAAAAACUGGAUGA